UAUAUUAUCUCAAUAACUUCGUGAAGAGCCCACCUGCUUGGUUUUACCCAGAGCAACAAUUGUAUCCAUGACAGAAUAUCAGUGCAAUCAGCAAACAUUUAUAAAUGUUACACACCAAACUUCCUUUGCAAAACCCAACUGCUUAUUAUCAGUCCAUAACUAUGGACUGAUAAUACAUCUGUUCCUUAUCUGUUAUGUUGACCCGAGGCCACUCCCUCUAGUAUCCCAUCUGAUUUCAGUGAAAGUCCUGGAAAUCUCCCUAACUGAGACCAAAUAAUCAUUUUAUUUAAAAAUAAAAAAAUCCAACACAGAUGAAUCCACACCUACACUCCCAUAAUAUCCUUGGCACUUGUCAAACAGCAUCUAAGUCAAGACUAAAAGACAUGAAGACCAGUGGUGCAUGUGAAUACCAGCAUGUACCACCAUGACAAAAUUCAACAAUGAGAUCAUACAGGGUGUGGUUAACUACUCAGCGAGUUACACAGGGACAGCAGGUAUGGACUUGCUAUUAGCACAUCCUACGGGACAUAAAUGCCACUCCCGGAUGACGCCACAGAAACAUUUCAAAAGCAAACUUUUAUUUGAUUGUUCUAACUGCAUUCAGUGACGUUUAAUGGAUGUCAACACUGCAAUGUUUAUAUUCGGUUCAGCAAAGUCAUUGCUUAAGAGUCCUGUGUUCAUGGUCAACUUAAGAUGCAUGUUUAACUUGAACAGUGAAAGUGAAACAACCCAAAUGAUCACAGGCAUAUAAAGAAAACAUGAUAAAGCCAUAUACUGCAUUAGCAGGCAGACAAAUCUCCGGUUACUACACCAAAUGCUGUGAUGUUUUGGGAGGUUGAUCUAGAUACAACCAUAGCAGUCAAGAAACCUUAAUUUAAGUUUCUAACUGAAAUGAAAAUUCACAAAGAUUACACUAAUUUCUGAGUCUGAUUAGUUAAAUUUCAGAUAAGCGCUAAGACAAAGCAGUGAUGGGAGGACUCUGGCCCUGGUGGAGGCUCCUCCCUCUGUGUUUCAACAGUCCAGUGAGUUCAUUAUGGCUCUGACUUGCAGCCUGCCUCGAGGUUUCUGAUUUACAGUCAGACAGGAGCAGAGGAAAACUUCUGGAGCAUAAGUGUAAAGAUCAACAUGCACCACAAGGACUGCUACAGGAACAGACAAGAGAACAAGGGAAGGAAAGACCCACUCAGCGGUUCACAGAGUUAAGGAAAGGCACAUGACUUUUAUCUCAAAAGGGAUAAAUAUUUCAGCUGUGAAAGACAAGUGGAAAAGACUGAAAGCUUCACUCACAUGAGGAUUAUUGGAUGUGCAGACAGCUUUCACAUACAGAAACUUUGGAUACUAAUACAGGUAUUUUGUGGAGUUGCUGUAUACUUUCUCAGUAUUUCGUAACUUAAAACCACACAAACUGAGCAUUCUUCAGUAUUUUGACUGUUUUUCCUACCCAAAUGAAAUGAACAUUUUCCCUGCACAUGGCUGGAUUAACAAGUUGAACGUGGAUUUUUAUGACUGAUACAAGUAUACGAACCUUUUUACUCUGUAAAUGUUCCAAACUUAUCAGCCUGGUCAAAAAUGUAUGAUAGCACCCCUCACACUUAUAAUAUCAGUACUCAAGAUGACACGGAUUGCAACAAGAGUGAUGACUUCAAGUACUCAAUGUAUAGCUGGGUUUUCAGCCUGGUGUUUGUAGCUGGACUUAUCUUCAACUUGGUGGCUGUGUACAUUUUUGGCUGUACACUGAAGCUGCGGAAUGAGACCACGACAUACAUGAUGAACCUUGUUGUUUCAGACUUUCUCUUUGUCCUCAGCCUGCCUUUUCGGAUUGUUUACUUCAUUGAACGCGAGUGGCUAUUUGGAAGUGUGCUCUGCAAGAUCUCUGUGGCCUUGUUCUACACAAACAUGUAUGGCAGCAUCCUCUUCCUCACCUGCAUCAGUGUUGACCGUUUCCUGGCCAUUGUGCACCCGUUCCGGUCGCAAGCAAUUCGAACUAAGAGGAAUGCCAAACUGGCCUGCUGUACAGUGUGGGUGAUGGUUCUUUGUGGAAGUAUACCCACGGGGUUCCUUUUGGAUACCACUUCACCCAAAAAUGCCAACUCCUCUAACUUCUGCUUUGAAAAUUACUCCAAAAAACAGUGGGAGGCUAAGCUUUCCAAGGUGGUGGUGUUUAUUGAGACUGUGGGCUUCAUUAUUCCAUUAAUGGUCAAUGUUUUCUGCUCGGUCAUGGUGCUACGGACAUUGAGGAAACCCCAAACUAUCAGCCGUGGAGGGAACCUAAACAAGACAAAAAUCUUGAGAAUGAUCAUUGUGCAUCUGCUCAUCUUCUGCUUCUGUUUCAUACCCUACAAUGUUAACCUCAUCUUCUAUGCUAUGGUCCGCUCCAAUGUCCUAAAGGGCUGCUACAUAGAAAAUGUGGUCAGAACCAUCUACCCCAUUGCUUUGUGCAUAGCAGUGAGCAACUGCUGUUUUGAUCCAGUCAUUUACUACUUCACUUCAGAGACCAUUCAGAGCUCCCUCAAACGCAAGUCCAGAGUAUGGCACAACGGUGCCAAGCUAUUCAACAGACUACAGACGGAAAGCCCACAAAGCAGUCCAAAUACAACACGAAUAACCCUGCCCCUGAGGAUUCACCCGAUAUCCGAAAUGUUUAACAAUGAGUCUACAGUCUAGUGACAAGUUUAAUAAUUCAGUGAAUAUUGCAGGUGAAACUUGUGAAACUUCAAUCAGAGAACGUAGGUGGAAGCAGAGUUGACUUGAUAAGACAAGCGGUUACUUAGGAGUCACUUUCUUGUCUACUGGACACCACAAAGACUUUAGACUGGGACUGAUCCCUUUCCAGUCAAUAAAAGGGUGGAACAAGUCAAAGAGAAAACAUGUGUGUGUUGCAGCAUAAAUACCAGUGACAAGUGACAAUACACAGCACACAAGUUAGAAAAUUAUUAUUGAAUGAGUUUAUAAUGUAUAUUAAUGGAAAAGACAGGUGUGUAUGCCAUUGUGAUAUGCGUGGUGCUGCAAAUAAGUAUGAGCUUUUGCACAUAAGACAUUGUAACAUAUAACUGUAGUGUUUUGCAGAUUCUCCUUAAGGAAAGUUCUGGCAAUGCUGAACCAGUAUUACUACUCUUUUUAUGUACUGUACAGUUUCAGUGUAGUUGUGGCCUCACUUAGGCAUUUAGUACUUUGUGGAGUAGCAUGUUUUAUAACAGAUUUGACCCCUUAUACUGAAAGCAUAUAAAAGACUUCUUAACGGAAAAAAA